AUGGACCGGGCUCCUUCCGAGCCCACCGGGACCAGGAAGUUCCGGUAUCUCCGACGCGCACCCAGCGCGACGGCGGCUCGCUCCGAUGACGUCACGGUGACGCAUUUCCUGCGCGCCGGGCCGCGCGGGUCCUUCCGGGCCGCCCCGGAAGCGGCGCCGAGCGGGUCCCGCCCGCCGCCGGCACCGGCCGCGCGUUGGUGGCGCCGGAGGCCCCGCGGGGAGGCCGCGAGCCGCGACCCCUCCGGGUGCCCCAGGGUGGGAGUGAGUCCCCCCAUUCCCUCUCCCUCCCUCCCUCCCUCCCUCCCGGCCCGCGACGGCUACGCCGGCCCCGGCGGCGGCGGCGGCGGCGGCGGCAGCGGCGACGAGUCGUCCUCGGGCGCCGACGACAUCUGCCGCGACUUCCUGCGCAACGUCUGCAAGCGCGGCAAGCGCUGCCGCUUCCGGCACCCCGACAUCUCCGAGGUCACCAACCUGGGCGUGCGCAAGAACGAGUUCAUCUUCUGCCACGACUUCCAGAACAAGGAGUGCGUGCGCCUCAACUGCCGCUUCAUCCACGGCACCAAGGAGGACGAGGAUUCCUACAAGAAGACGGGCGAGCUGCCGCCGCGCCUGCGCCAGAAGGUGGCGGCCGGCUUGGGCUUGUCGCCGGCCGAUUUGCCCAACAGCAAGGAGGAGGUGCCGAUCUGCCGGGAUUUCCUCAAGGGGGAUUGCCAGCGCGGCGCCAAGUGCAAGUUCCAGCACCUGCAGCGGGACUACGAGCAGGGGCUGGGCCGCCGCUACGAGCCCUACGACGGGCUCUACGAGCCCGACGAGCCGGUGCUGAAACGGCGGCGGGCCGAGGGGCUCUACGAGAGCUACGAGUACGGCUUCGCCAGCCCGCGGGCCGUGGAGUACCGGCUGCUGGAGGAGGAGAACGUGCUGCUGCGCAAGCGCGUGGAGGACCUCAAGAAGCAGGUCAACAACCUGCUGGCCACCAACGAGGUGCUGCUGGAGCAGAACGCUCAGUUCCGCAACCAGGCCAAGGUGAUGACGCUCAGCUCCACGGCCGCGGCCACCGAGCAGACUCUGGCGCCCGCGGUGGGCACGGUGACCGGCUACAACCACGGCAUCGCCCAGACGCACACCACGCUCAGCAGCCAGGCCCUGCAGCCUCGCCCCGUCACCCAGCAGGAUUUGGUGGCGCCGGCGGGCGCCCAGGCCGCCCCUCCGGCCAACGCCGCGCCGCCCAUGAACCCCGAGAUCGCGCCGCUGUCGGCGGCGCUGGCGCAGACCAUCGCGCAGGGCAUGGCGCCGCCGCCCGUCUCCAUGGCGCCCGUGGCCGUGUCGGUGGCGCCGGUGGCCGUGUCCAUGGCGCAGCCGCUCGGCGGCAUCACCAUGAGCCACGCCACCACGCCCAUGGUCACCUACCCCAUCGCCUCGCAGAGCAUGAGGAUAACGGCCAUGCCGCACUGACCGCUGGGGACGGACGGACGCACGGACAGACGGACGCGGGGUGUGCCACCCCCUCCCGGUGCUGGAGGGGGGCGGUGGGUGCGGCCCCCGGGGCGCCGUGGGCGGACUGAGCCGCCGGGGGCGGCGCCGGGGGCGGCUCCCGGUGCCCCUGUAAUGUUUUCGGCUAUUAAAACGAACGGAAAAAAAACCCAAAAAAAAAAAAAAGCCCAAACCCGCACGGGCUCGGCUGUGCCGGUAGGGCCGGGGAGCUGGGGGGACACCGGGACCGGGACACCGGGACCCGGACACCGGGACCGGGACACCGGGACCGGGACACCGGGACCGGGACACCGGGGCAUGGCCACGCCCCUCACCGAGACCACGCCCACAUAGCAAAUAAAGGCGUGGCCAAGUUUUGGCGGACUGCCCAUGAGUGACGCGCGUGGGCGUGGCCGUAGGGGGGCCCGCCGCUCAGUGGGCGUGGCCACGGUCUGGCUGGCGUCCAACGGGCGGCGCGUGCGUGUGGGUGGGCGUGCCCCGCGC